AUGCCCCGCUUCAUCGUCAUAGUCCUCGCAGAUGCGGAGGCCGAGUCAGGCGCGAUGCCCACAACCGAACAAUUUGCAGACAUGGCAACCUUUAAUGAGGAGCUGGUCAAAGCCGGCGUCAUGGUCAGCGGAGAGGGUCUUCUUCCCUCUUCACGCGACGGGUACCGGCUUUCGUUUUCCUCGACCGCCGACCCCACCGUCGUCAAGGGCCCUCUUGAGAAUCCGGCUCUGAGUGGCUGGUGGGUGAUCAAAACCAAGGAUGUGGACGAAGCGCUCGAGUGGUGCCAGAAGAUCCCGUUCAAGUCCGGAGGGGUUGAGCUGAGGCGGAUUGCUGAAGCGGAUGAUUUUGGAGCAGAGUUUACUGAUGAGCUGAAGGCUCGAGAAGAGGCUAUGAGAGGCGAAGCUCGGUGA